AUGGCCAGGCUCAACGAGCCCCCCGUGUCUUCGGACAGCAUCGAAACGCUUCGUAGGAAGAUGCUUCGCCAGAACAGAGACCUCGCAAAAUCCAACAACGUCCGAGCCCUGCGCAUCAGGGAGCUGGAAAACGAGUGCGCCUGCAUGUUAUCCGAAAACCUCGAGCUCCGCAGCCGCAUCCUGGAGCUGGAAAAACAAGUCCAGGACAAUGAUGCCCGCAGAAUAGCAGACCAUGCCUUGGCCAUCAAGGCGAAGCUCGAGUCGCAGCUUACAGAAUGGGGCACCCUUCUCGCCGGGCUCGGCCUGGAACCACCCAUCAAAAGACACUCGCCACGAAUUAGCAAAUCAACGAGACAAAGAAUGAGCUUCAGUGCCAACCGCCCGAGCCCUUCGCAGAGGAGGCUGCGCGACGUAGCGAGGGAUAUCGAGGAGCUGGGUCACAUCUCGGAGACCAAGUCGUGCCCUCGCAGGUCGAUGAACCCAGAGCAGAUCUUGGCAUUGCGGUCAGAGGUCGACUCCACCCACUCACCCGAGCUGGGACCCCCGCCCAUGUCCAAGUUCAUCGACGAGGAUCCUGUCAAGGCUUACUCGCCCUACGUCGACUCGACCCAGGUCAGCAAGGCAGCCGAGUCACCCCCGCCGUCUCCGUCGCCGUCGCCUAAAGUCAUGAUGCCACCCCUAGUCACUCAACAAUCCAACUCACAGCCCGGUACGCCGGCCGAACCUGUGGCCGUCCAGCAGCCAGUUAGGACGGGCUCGAAACGAAAAUUUGGCGUCAGAGAGGAUAUCGAAAAUAUUCCCAUGCAGCCGACGGCAGACGAGAACCAGGUUCCCAAAGUCAUAACGGAAAAGCCGUCCGUCCAGGAUAAGGCUGAUGGCAAGAAUUUGAAGGAGCUGGCCUAUAUAAGGAAAGACGUUCGAGAGAGAAAAGGGGUGAACUACGGCGCUCGGAAGCCACUUGCUGCAAAGAGCACAAACGACGGUAUUCGCUCACCCUGGAAGAUGGGCAAGCCCACAGCCAAGGCCAAGAUUAGUCCUUCAAUCGAGGUCGAAGCAGCUCCAGAACUGGAAAUCCCUCCGCCGUCGACGACGGAGCCGACAGUGCGCUUGAGCGAGCCCACUUUGCUAUUGCCAAGCUCGCCUGAGCCCAUCUCGGGUGACAAUACUCAUCGAGGCGAUACUCCGCCUCCUGCCGAUAUCUCCUCUAGUGGAGAGACGACACGGCCCGGCAGACGGAACAGAGCUGCAAUCAGCUACGCCGAGCCGAAUCUACGGGACAAGAUGCGAAGGCCGAGCAAGCAGCUUUACGAUGCUGUGGCGGGCGAAGGCAAGUACUCUCGGCGAUCUAGUAGUCAAGCAGAGACGCCUGGGCCGGAUCCCCAGCAGGUGAAGCGGGAAUCUCCGGCCGGAGAGUCGUGGCGGAGCUUGCCGGCUGCCAGCGCGCAAACGGUCGCGCCCGAAGGCGACGGCACACCCCAAAGUCCACUGGCCGGCAAGAGUUCAUCUCCUCAGCAUACACUACCCGACACUGUUGUGACGGACAGGCGCCGACGGCCGUCAUCUAUGAGCUCUAGGGCCCCUGAGCCCGCCGACGAAGGCACAAAGGGGGACGAAGUGGAUGCCAGUACCAAUGCGGAUACGAGCGGAGCGGGCGACGUCGACAUUUACGAAUUCACGAGCUCGUCUCCACAUACCGAAAAGGAAGAGGCGGUGGAGAGCAAGAGGACGAGUCGUCGGCAGACUGUCUCCUCACGAAGGGUCUCGACGGCCAUUGACAGCGACAACGGUGAUGGAACGAGAGAGCGCAACUCUGCGAGGCGACGGAGCAUGCUGGUAUAA